CGCGCCGCCCCUCCCUCAGGCGUUGCAGCAAGAUGGCGGACACAAUGAGGGGGAGCCGCCUCGCCGCCGCCUGAAGCGGCCCGGCCCGGCCCGGCCCGGCCCCGCAGAGCACAGCACAGCCGCGGGGCGCCGCCUGGCCCGGCCCGGCCCGGUCCGGCCUGGUCCGGCCCGGCCCCGCCCGGCUCCCCUUAGCGCCGCCGCCGCCCUGGGCGCGAUGAAGCUGACGGACAACGUGCUGCGGAGCUUCCGCGUGGCCAAGGUCUUCCGCGAGAAUUCCGACAAGAUCAACUGCUUCGACUUCAGCCCCAACGGCGAGACCGUCAUCUCCAGCAGCGACGACGACUCCAUCGUGCUCUACGACUGCCAGGAGGGCAAACCAAAGAGAACGUUGUACAGUAAGAAGUAUGGGGUGGACCUCAUCAGAUACACGCAUGCAGCCAACACUGUCGUGUACAGCUCCAACAAAAUAGAUGAUACAAUCCGAUACCUCUCGCUGCAUGACAACAAAUACAUUCGGUAUUUCCCGGGGCAUACCAAAAGAGUGGUUGCCCUUUCAAUGUCUCCAGUGGAUGAUACUUUUAUUUCUGGAUCCCUUGAUAAAACUAUUCGCCUUUGGGAUCUCCGCUCUCCAAAUUGCCAGGGUUUAAUGCACCUCCAGGGGAAACCUGUGUGUUCUUUUGACCCAGAAGGUUUGAUUUUUGCUGCUGGAGUCAAUUCUGAAAUGGUGAAGCUUUACGAUCUCCGUUCUUUUGACAAGGGGCCGUUUGCUACGUUUAAGAUGCAGUAUGACCGAACGUGUGAGUGGACAGGCCUGAAGUUCAGUAACGAUGGCAAACUCAUCCUUAUAUCAACUAAUGGAGGCUUCAUUCGACUGAUUGAUGCCUUUAAAGGAGCUGUGCUGCAUACGUUUGGGGGAUACAACAAUAGUAAGGCUGUCACACUGGAGGCAUCAUUCACACCAGACUCGCAGUUCAUCAUGAUAGGAUCAGAGGAUGGAAAGAUCCAUGUAUGGAACGGGGAAAGCGGGAUGAAAGUGGCUGUGCUGGAUGGGAAACACACAGGUCCUAUAACCUGUCUGCAGUUCAACCCCAAAUUCAUGACUUUUGCUAGUGCAUGUUCAAAUAUGGCCUUUUGGUUGCCAACUAUUGAUGACUAAUUCCUACACUGCGGCUACUGUCAGAUGACUUUCCAUACUGCUAACAGCAGCAUAUUCUUGCAAGGAUAGUAUUGGAAUUGCCUACAUCUCCUAGACUGUGCUCCCAUUCCUAUGUAUGUUUCCGUACGUCUUACAUUAUUGGCUGCAUUCCUUUCCAAGGACUCCUCCACUUGACCUCCUAGUGUGCUCAGAAGUGUACCAUGCAAUGCUUUCUUACCUUCCAGUCCAUGCCCAGCAGGCUUCAGCUGAAGUUGGAACUGGCACAGUAUUAUUUCUAAGAGCAAUGGAGACUGUUGUAUUUACAAAAUGCUUGCGGCAGUUUUUAAGCUGUAAUUGUUUGUUCUUCUGUAAGUGCACAAGGCAAUUGAUGUUCCGAGGUGGAUUGUGCAGUUACUUUCCAUAAGUACACGUUCUUUAUGUCUGGGAUCUCUGUUUCACUGCAGUCUACGGAUGGAAAGUUACUUCUGUGCCAAAUGCGAACACUGACAAUUUUCAACUCAAAUAGCAGAUGCUGAAGUCUCUUGCAGUUGAACGCAUGCUGAGAGUGGGUGACUGUAAAUUUACAUCAUACAUCCUAUCAUCCUUUUUUGGUGAUUUAGCGUGCAACAAACCGUGCAGUUUUUUUUUCCACUGCCAGAGCUUGAAGAAGCCUCCCUGCUGUUUGCUGUGCCAGCAUCCCAAAGGGCGCACACAGUACUGAUGAGGUCUGGUCAGUGUCCCAAGCAAUAAAGGAGUCUGUCAGCAGGAAGAUGGAGAAACCAAACUGAGACUGAAAGCACAGUCUGCCUGUGUAUCUUCCUUAUGUAUCAUCUUGGCUGAUCUUACUUGUAAAUAAUAUGGGGGGAGGGCAGUGGGAAUGGGCCAUAUUUUUUUACUUUUAGAUAUUAAAGAACUUGAUGUGGGCCAGUAUUGUGGGGUGUCUAGGCUGUUUACCUUACCUACCUACCAAUGCAAUUUUCCCCUCCUGGUUUGUAAAUAAGCUCAAUUAAAUUAAGCCCCAACUGGGCUUAGAUCUGUAUCCCUUUGACGCCAACAGCAUGCGGUUAGUUCAUUAUGCAUCUUGUUAACAGGGUUUGCAGGUUUACAGCCCCAAAAGAGCGAUGCCUCCUUUGUUAGGUGGAGUUGCAUUUAAAAGAAAUCUAACACAGUCCUGGUGGCUUCGCUCUGCUGUGUCCCUGCACCAAGGGAGAUGGGAGGGACGUGCUUUCCUGCUCCAGAGGGGCUCGGUGGCAAAUGGUACAGAGGUGUUGGCAAGGCAGUCUUCAGGCCUGGUUCCAGGUUCUUUCUCCUGAAACACUGCUGAUCAGAUGCAUCCAACGGUAGGCCACGACAGGCUCAGCAACAUGGCAUUCAUUAUUCGUUCUUACCUUUCUCAGUGUGCUUGGUUUUAUAUAUUGGGUCACAGCUUGGAAAGUCCAUUCUUUCCCUCAUUGUCACACGCACACGCCCUCUCCCAAAUGCAAAAUGCUGGCGAGGUGGCAAACAGUAACGGGCAUGUUCUCUGCUCUCAAGCUUCAGUCUGUACUGGAAAACAGUGCUCCAGCAUUUUGCCUUAGGUCAGUUGUCUGUGUCUUCUGUAUUACACCAAUGCUCAUUUCAGCUGUGGGGCCCUGUAUAUAAUUCAGAACAUGUCUCUCACCACCAGUAAACUGGCUUACAGAACAGCUUCUGGUUUGCUUUUCCUUGGCCCCCUCCCCCCCGCCCCUUUUUUUUUUUUUCUUUUUUAGCCCUUGUCAAGUGGAAGUGUGCUGUGCUAAGAGCUGGGGAUUUGGAACGAGCGUUCUCCACUGCUGGUUCCUUUAAAGCAGCAGUGCACACCGAGCUGCAGUAUCUGCCUGUGACAGUUGUCAGACUGCUGUGCACAAGGCAGCCUGAUAAACUUGAUGUUGGAAUCCAUGCUGUGGUUGGUUUCUGCUUAGGCUUUGUGGCUUGCCUACCCUAAUGCUCUUGCACGUAUUUACAGCCAUAUCUAAUGGCAUCACCUGUGACGUGAGUGUGUCCUUCCCCCAGAGUGGAGGCCUGAAGGGAACAACAGAACAGUGCUUGCGAUCUCACCAAGCUAUUCGGCUGUUAGAGUUGCAGGUGAGAGAUUCAUGCUGCCGCACCAGCAUCCCUCUUCCCAGCGUGCACUGUCCCACCAGCACCUAUGGAUGCCCAGGGAGAUGGGUGUCUCAGUCCUCACGGUUGACAAGGUUUCCACAGCCACCUCUUAAGCUCAGUAUUGUUGCACUUCAGGCUGCUUGGUGCUAUUUUACCAUUGUCAGUGUUCCUGUAAGCAGCCGUGUUUUGCAGUGGUUUGUAACAUACAGCUGUUUGGGAUUUGUAGUGCAUUUUAACAGUUUGACUUUCAAUAGCAAAUGGUCUUUCAGGGUUUUAAAGUCUGAUGCCUGAAGAAGUGAAUGGAUACCCCCCCAGAUGUUUUUUUCCUGUUAUUUUUAACAGGGAAGCAUUUGGAAGUUUGUUAUUCUAAAAAUGUUCUUUGCUGAUGUGGUUUGAGUGCUCGUCUAAGAAACGUUCAGUUCUCUUCUGCUUGCAGUGUUGUAAACUUUGUGUGCAUUGCGGCAUGAAAUGUUUUAAAAAGAGGACCAAAGGACCAAUCUAGAAGGACAUACAUGUUAAGAAUAUCAGUGGCAUUCUGGAGUGAUGGUAAAUUCACGGGUUUAUGCACAACACCACACUGAUGCUCAGUUCAAAGUUAAAAACUGAAUGCUUUCCCAAGGCCUGCUGCCACCCACACAGUGGUAAAGACAUCUUUAUUGGUUGAUGUAGUAGUGAAGUGUUUUCCAUUUGCCUUUAAAAGAGGGAAAUGUGCCAAGGAUUGUCAAGAAACUUCAGUAUCGUGCAUUUCUAGACUAGGUGAAUAAAGGUUUUGGUUUCCAGCUUCUACAUGCUUCUCUAAAAGUAUCAGGACUGUACUUCCCAUGCUCUUCCUGGCACCCAGCUAAUGAGAAACAUACCUCAUUAAAAACAGCACUCCUGAAUACAGCGGUGUCCACACUUCUGUAAAGCCAAGCAGGAAACGGCGUUCUGUGCCCCACCACCCAAAUUUGAGAUCUUUAAGAGGAACCCUCUGUUUUUGGGGAUGAAAUAAAAAUGAGGGGGAAGUGAGACUCAACAGCCCACCCCUGAACAAGUGAUGUUGGCUGAGCUCAUCUGCUUGGGCUGUAGGAGACUGUUAGUCUUUGACUUCUUGAGGCUCCCACAUCCUUGGUUCAUGUCCCAGCUACUGCUCUGGAAGACAUGGAAGCACUUGAGAGAACAAAUUUGGAAGCAGCAGUGUAUCUUUCCCCGUGCUGCUUCUGACGGUAUUUGCACUUUAAGAGUCUCCUGUUGAGAAGAAGCUGGUCUCUUUGGUUAUGAGCUGGUAUUGUAAAUUUUACUGCUAGGUGGUAUCUGCAGAUGAGUGUAAAUACAUGAAGUCAAAUUAUUCUUUGUCACGAAAUACUACAUAUGUGGAAAAUUCAAUAUUGUGGCUGUUACCAAUAAAUAUUUUGUAGACAGA